AUAGCACCGAUCUGGAAGCAGCCAUCGUUUCCCACUCCACGGAAAUCCACGCUCCCAGGACCCUGGCUUCAGUACCGGACGACCCCUGCCGAGACACGUAUCCUUGCAAAAUGCGAAGUCAAUCACUUGCACGGAUACUCGCUGCACAGAAUAGCAACUACCGUCUACUGAACCUUGAAGCUUCUCCGCAGCAGGAUUACGCCGAUGUUUGCCACGACCCAACUCCACUAACUUAAGACCUUCUCAGCCGCCGGAGUCGCUUACCACCUCGUCUCCUCUUCGAUCGUGACGCCGAAUAGUCGAGAUGGCUUCCCAGCGGUCUCAAGGGACCUCGAGUCCGUCAGCGUCCUCGAUAUUCCUCCCACUCGGUCGACGAAGUUCCCGCGCAUCUCUAUCAACACAGGCAGAACGCGAUAGUCUCAACGCUGCUCUUGACCAAAUACAUACCGCUGCCUAUCAGUCAGAUGCCCUCACCGUUUUCAACGAGUUCGCUAGCCCUCCGGCCCCAGCAUCCGCGGUGGACGACAAGAGCAUGACCGGUGAGCUCCAAGGUGGCCUAAGUGGUCUAUAUAGUAGGCUACGGACCUCCGUGGGCGGAAUGCGGGAUAUGGUGAGCGGCGUUGGGAGGUCAGCGGAGGAUUCAUCCUCAAAGCGUCCGCCGUCGGAACGCCCGUCCACAAAGCGUACCCCAGACGCCAUGUCCGUCGAGUCUCACCAAUAUCUGGGAUCUCCUCUAGGUUCGACGUUGAACUCACCGACCUCCGUCACCCACCCGUCUCUCCAUGACGCCUCGAACGCUCCUAGUAUGGCGAAAUCGUCAAAAGUCUCUUCAAAGGCCGGGAGUAUAUCCUCCAAGGCCUCUGUACCGCCCUCGGCGACAAUCAAGCCUUCCGGUGCCUCGCUGCCAAAACCUCAUGGGAGCUCCGGAGCUGUGGAUCCCACUGUCACAGAAUUACAUGUCAAUGCGAUCAAGGAGACGGCCCGGGCUAUGUGUGAUGCCUCCGCUAACCCUUCCUUGCAUGACCCGCAAGCCAUGGAAUCGAGUGGUGCUGAGAAUGAUGAGUACCCCCGCGCCGCCUCUUUAAGCUCUUCAGGUUGGAGUCAACAACGGACACACUCCCCUGUUCUGCAAGCAAAAGGCCACAACAAUUCAUUCGACCACUCAUCGAAUGCAGAGUCUGGUAGCACACAUAGUGGUGGCCGAAUCCGCGACAGCUCCAGGAAGCCAGAUGCACGUGCAGGCCGUGAUGCAGACAGCGGGUUUCAACCUUCGCUAAGGAAAGCUAAACCCUCGAUCGACAACGGGCGGGAUGGCAAUUUUCCGUUCAUAGAGAAAACAGAGAGGACUAGAUCCAACUCUUCAAUUGCCGUACAACCCGACGUCUCUAACAAUACAGGCUCUGGGGCUGAUAGUGUCAAUCAAUUCACUAGUGGAGAAGACAGCGGUUAUGCUGAGGGACGUACGCCUUCGACAAUCGCAACUUCAAUGUCAUUUCUUGACGGGGAAGCCCCGCCGAAGGAGCCGUCGGAGCCUCGUCCUCACGGCGACACUAAAGAGAGGCCGAGUAUUUCUCGCACUGGCCGUUUACCAGGUUACCCAACGUCGCAAGUAUCGUCAGUCAACACUGCCAUGGGCUCCCCGGCCGUCAUAACACCUCUCGACACUAGUUUCAGCAGGAAACCUUCUAACGAGGGUAAAAGUCAGCGCUCGAACCCCGGCGAAGGCGUCGUAACACACCUCAGAAGCAGAUUGCUCAGUAAAGAUUUCUGGAUGAAGGAUGAAGGUGCCAGAGACUGCUUCCAUUGUGGGGAGCCUUUCUCGACGUUUCGUCGGAAACAUCACUGUCGCACCUGUGGCCAAAUAUUUGAUUCAAAGUGCACUAUUCUCAUACCGGGCGAAAAGUUUGGGCAGCCAGGAACGAUACGCGUAUGCAAGCCUUGUGAGGCUAUGAUCAAUGGGCAUGACGAUGAUUCUUCCGAUUACUCAGACAGCGAACAGCAAAGUCCAAUAAUAUUCAAUCCUCGGGUCUCUGAAUUGAGCGCCGGGAACUUUUCUCGCCUUGGUGCUGACGAUGACGAUGCAGCAUCCAUUAUCUCACAGUCCAUGGACCAUGUAAUGAAGACACCUACAAUGGCAAUUCCAGCAACGAGGCGUGCUGGAGAAGGGCAUAACCGUCGCUCAGCCGUCCUCGAAAUCAGCCCCGAUAGGCCGUUGGCGAGGCCCACAUCCUCAAGAUCUCUGAAAUCUACUUUGAGUGGGCGUACUCAUUCUAUGGGCCAUAAACGUCAUCAUUCCCGCCAGCAAGUUGUUCGCAAUUUCAAGUCUUAUCACGAUGAGCGAGCUCCUUUUCAACGCCGUCAUGCGGACGAUGCGCCAUUUGAAACACGGCUCCCUGCAUUUCAUAAAGACAACAUCAUAGACCCGGACCUCGCUCAAUACUUAUCCGAUGAUGCAUCUAGCGGCGACGAGCAGCCAAGCUUACUGGCAGCGGUGUCAGAAGGCACGCUCUCCAAAAGCGGCGGGGACAAUGAAAGGACCACUUUCGGAGGCCUUCUGGCUGCCAUGAAAAAAGGACGAUCUGCGUUCGGAGACCGAAGCACAAUCGGCUUCGGUCAACCUGUUCGUGAAUUAGACGACAGUAGCUUGAACAGUCUACGAGCUAUUAAUCCUCCCAGAUCUUCUCGCCGUCGUAACCUUAGCGUUGCGAGCAGCAUUCACCGACACUCUCCCCGGACAUCCAAGGAGGGCAUCUUCAAUCCUUAUGACCCCCAUAAUUCCGGCCCUCUACUACCCGCAGCUGUGGCCUCAAGUGGCUUCAAGAUGACCAGGAGUUCAUCUAUGAGGGGAGCGGGAGCCCCGCCCAUUGAAAUGAACAAAGCAAGCUUACAACAUGUUCGAAAACUCCUCCGGCAACUCCUCGAGGAUUCCUCGGUGCCCAACCCCCAGAGCUGGGAGACAGCGUUGCUUCCGAUAUUGCUCAAAGCGGCCGACGAAGUGGACCCCCAGGUUCAGAGCGGCGACGAUAUGGAUAUUCGUCACUAUAUAAAGCUGAAAAAGAUCCCUGGCGGGCGGCCUGGUGACACAUCCUAUGUUCCGGGCUUAGUGUUCAGCAAGAAUGUCGCUCUGAAAAGCAUGCCUCGGAGCAUUGUUCAACCUAAGAUUCUCAUCAUCGCGUUCGCUCUCGAAUAUGCUCGCCAUCAGCAACAAUUUAUGAGCUUGGAGCUUGUGAUUCGCCAGGAGCGGGAGUUCCUAGAAAACUUGGUCAGUCGAAUAUCUGCUUUACGACCAAACUUGCUGCUUGUUGAGAAGAAUGUGUCCGGGUUGGCCCUGGAAUUGCUGGACCGCGCCGGUAUCGCCACAGUGUACAACGUCAAAUCUUCUGUCUUGGAGGCAGUUUCUCGAUGUACACAAACGCCGAUAAUCACCUCUAUGGAUAAGCUGGUGACAACUCCGGUAAACAGCGAAUGUGAUAGUUUCGACGUCAAAACAUAUGUUUACAAAGGGCAAAGGAAGACUUACAUUUAUCUCUCUGGCUGUCGCAAGGAGCUCGGAUGCACAAUUGUCCUACGUGGAGGCAAUCACGAUGUCCUUUCCAGAGUCAAGAGGAUUGCUGAGUUCAUGACUUAUGUUGUUUACAACCUUAGGCUGGAGACCUGUGUGAUGCGAGACGAAUUUGCUCAAAUCCCAACGUCACCCACAUUGGGGGUUGAGAAGCGACUAGAGGAUGCGGCACAUCAGAGACCAGCUUCUUCACUAGCUACUGUGCACGAUGGCUCUAGUGCUCAGUCGAUGAACCCCGAGAAUGAGCUGGACAGCAAGAAAAGGGAUACCUCGCCCCAAGAUAACGUCAUGGCAAUUGAGGCUACCGAGGUUCCUGACGACGUCCCCAUGCCAACUUAUUAUGAGGACAUAGUUCGAGAUUUUGAGACAAAAAUUCUCUCCGCCUCGCCCUUCGUCAAGUUUGAACCUCCCCACCUUUUGAUGCGGGCCAGAGAGAUGGAACGGAGAUUGGCCUACCUCAAGCGUCUACGGGACCAGAACCUUUCCGAGUCCCAGGCGUCUGAGGAGAAGAUGAAGAACCUUAAAUUCAGUCUCAUCACUCCGGAGAUGGUCCAUGAGGCUCCAAAAGAUGCAUCGCCCAAAGUCAAAGAAGUCCUGCAAGCCGUCCACGACGCUGAGUAUGACCGAGCUUUGCACCACUAUCUAACCCAAAAACGUCAGUGGGAAGCAUACAUAAACGGUACGGUAGGCCUAUUCGAUCCAUGGGCGCACCAGAAUAUUGCCGUUCUCUUCAGCCUGGUUUGCACGACAACAUCUAUUCCAUGCUCUGGCCCAGAUGUCCUUACCUUGGAGUUCUACAACGAGCACGGUGAUGAUAUCAACUAUGAGCCUGAUUGUACAGUGGGUCAGUAUGUGGAAGAUAUAUGCUUGCAUGCAAAUGCAAUCUGCACUGCGAACGGGUGUGAAAAACGCAUGUUUGAGCAUCACCGUCAGUACGUUCAUGGCGAGGCUCAGAUCAGCAUCUUUACCCAACCCUACCCUUCAAAGCUCAGAGGUUACCAGGAUACAAUCCUGAUGUGGAGCUGUUGCAAGAUCUGCGGGAAUGAGACUCAAGUCUUGCCCAUGUCUGACAAUACCUGGAAAUAUUCUUUCGGAAAGUACUUGGAGCUCUCCUUUUGGAGCAAGAACUUGCGUGCUCGUGCUGGAGUUUGUCCACAUGACCUGCAACGUGACCAUCUUCGGUAUUUUGGCUUUAAGGAUGUUGCUAUUCGAAUCCAGUACGACCCCAUCAAUCUGCUCGAGAUAAUUGUCCCAAGAACACGGGUGACAUGGAAAGUCGAUAAUGACUUGAGACUCAAGAACGAAGUGUAUCAAAAAAUUGAGCACCGCAUCACCAAGUUCAUGCUCUCUGUCAAGGCGCGGCUCAAAACGAUCAAUGUCGAAAGCGUUCUCCCUAACAUUAUCGACGACUGCAAGAAAGAAAUUGAGAACUUGACCAGGAAAGUUAAUGAGGAUCAUGCUUUAUUGAUAAAGCAGCUGCAGGAGAGGUACAUGAAUUCCCGAUAUUGGGAGGUCAUCCCCCUGAAUGAGGUUAUGAGGUCCGUCCAAGAAAAGGUUGUGGAGUGGGAUUCUGCUUUCGCUGAGUUUGAAAAGAAUUUCUUCCCGUCAGAGAAGGACAUUAGGCGACUUGCGACCCUGCAGCUGAAAAAGAUUUUCUUGGAUAGAGAUGCUUCGGUCACAUCUCUUACCUCCAGCGACGAUCAACCAACCACCCCAACUGAAGCUGAGUGCGAACAUGCUCAGAGUCCUGAAGCCCCUCGGCCAGUUCGUCGAAUGACGCUCUCUCCUGAAAAAGCGCAGGAUGUUCUUGUCUCAGUUGUUGAAGAGCACUCUGGAGAACGGGGAAACACCAUGCCAACGGACCAAACCAGUACAGAUGGGAAUCGCUCCGCUGCGCCAUCACCUACCCAUGGGCAGCGGCUGACGUCUGCAUCGCAGGGAUCCCUCACCGAGUCUGCUGAACCCGUAGACAAAAAGCAGGACCGUAGCUCAACUCCCCAAACGGAUCAAGGCGAUAUGGAAAGAGCGGAGACCCUAUCGACGAACAUCGAAUGCCGUCCAGAGUCCGUUUCACCCGAUGACAAGCCUGACAUCACGUCGACUGAGACGAGCCACGAUACGGCCACAGCGGAUGCGAGUAGCAGGAAUCCUGAUGAAGUUGACAAGUCAACUCCUCAUACCCCCACCGCGUCAACUCACAAUUUCUCAUCGAUCCCAAGGCCUUCAGAGGGGUCAUACCGCCGUACUGGAAAGUCUACUUCGCCACCUCUUCUCCGCGCGAGGUCGCAGCCUGUUCAGUCCCUUAAGGACUUGGGACACGAGCCACCUUCCUUUAAAGGGACUAAAGUUGGCUCAGGAAAGCUACAACGAUCCAGUGGCACCGUCAGUCCUCCCUUGGAACUCAAAACCAAGCACCACGACAAAAAGCUCUCGGAGAGGUUCGGCCUCUCAGCCUUCCGGAACAGCCGGCUGACGCCUGGUCCAUCCCUGAUACCUCGCUCUAUACCGACGAAGAAGAACCGCGUAUCGUCUCUGGCGAAACACUUUGAGCAAUUGAGCCGCGAAUUUGAGAAGGAGCGUCAACGUGAACGCCAGCAACGAGCGGCCAAAGGUAUACAUUCGCGUGCGUAUCCGCUUGCUUCUUCAAAACCAAUCGUCGAAGUGUACAAAAAUGUCCGGGAGGCAGUUGAGGAGCGGGAACCUUCUGGGGAAGCAGAUGACCUUCUUUCACCGCCGCCACGUCCCAGCAAAGAAAGUAGUGGCCUUGCAAUGAGCCCCGACACUGAGGAACAAAGCAAUUCUCUGAAGCCCGAACCUUUCCCUUCUGAUAUGGAAGAACACGAUCAGCCUGCUAGCAACAGUUUGUCGGACGUGGAGGUAGAAGAAGGUCAUAGCGACGAAGAACGCACUUCGACCGACGACCCUCAACUGAUUGACCCUAACGACGACUUGUCUAAAAUGUCACCGGAUGACGAAUCGAUGGAUCUCAAGGAGCUACCAAAACACGAGCGAAGCAAUCUCCUGAAGCUGUUGACAAACUUUUGGUCGGAGCGCUCGGCCAGUGGUUGGGCGCCUCUUGACUAUCCACUCACAAUGUCCGAUCAUGUCUUCGCGGACUGCGAUAUCAUUGUGCGUGAGGAUGAGCCGAGCUCAUUGAUAGCUUUUGCGCUAGAUUCGAAUGAUUACAAGGAGAAGCUGGCAAGCAUACAAAGACACCAUGGGGAAGCCAACGAACAGUCACCGGAUGUCCAGGAUGGCAAUGAAGCAUCCCGAGUACAGCACUCCCUUCUCCGAUCUACUGGUACGCAUUUGAAAUACCAGUUUCAGGAAGGUCAAGCGAAAAUGCUGUGCAAGGUGUUCUACGCCGAGCAAUUCGACGCUUUGCAGAAGCAAUGUGGCGUUGCAGAUCGAAUCGUUGAGUCGUUAUCUCGUUGCGCCAAGUGGGAUUCCAAGGGAGGAAAAACAAAUUCUCUCUUCCUGAAAACUUUAGAUGAUCGCUUUAUUCUCAAAUCAUUGUCGCCCAUCGAGACGCAAGCUUUCCUCAAAUUUGCACCUGCUUACUUCCAGAUCAUGUCCGAAGUAUUGUUCCACGAGCUGCCGUCUGCAAUCGCGAAGAUGUUUGGUUUCUACCAGGUUAUCAUAAAAAACCCUGCGACUAACACGGAGUUCAACUGGUAUCUGCUUCUGAUGGAGAACCUCUUCUACGACCGUGUCCCUACACGCAUCUUUGAUCUCAAGGGAUCAAUGAGGAAUCGCAAGGUCCAAAGCACCGGUGAACGCAACGAAGUCCUCUUGGACGAGAACAUGGUGGAAUUUAUUUAUGAAACCCCCUUGUUUACAAGGGAACACUCAAAGAAGCUUCUCAGCCAAAGUGUUUGGAACGACACUCUUUUCCUUGCACGCCAGAACGUGAUGGACUAUUCACUCAUGAUUGCCAUCGACGAGGCCCGCUCAGAAUUGGUGGUCGGCGUCAUUGACUGCAUACGAACAUAUACCUGGGACAAGAAGCUCGAGUCUUGGAUCAAAGACCGUGGAUUCGCAGGCGGCGGUAAGAACCGGCCUACAGUUACCAGUCCGAAAGAAUACAAGAGUCGUUUCAGGGAGGCAAUGGCCCGAUAUGUGCUUCAAGCUCCAAGUUGCUGGCAUCAGGUUCAACCGUCGCGAAUGCAGCGAUAUGCGCCAGUGGAUGUCCAUGGGCACUACAACCACCACCACCACCCGCUGAUGGAUGUAGAUACCGCUGACGGGGCGGCUGAAAACGAAUACUAGAUGUACGAUGUUCUGUGUAUGAGAAAAACGCUUGAUGAAGAUACGAGUUUACGAUGACGAUGCAUUGAUGCAUACAAUUGCUAAGCGGGCGGGAAGACAUUCAUUUUGGCUGCCAUUUCUAUGUACAACUUUUACGGCGUUUACACCCCGUUUCCAUAAAUUUGAUGACACGGACACAGACCUACUACUAGCCUUACUACAUACAUAGAUAGUGUUCGGCAUCUGCAUAGUCUGCACUAGUAAUGAAGAGAAAUAUCGCCUCGAUGUUGUCUACUCCGUUUGCC